AACAAAGUUCAAACACAACCUCUCCGUCUCCUUAAUUUCUCCCUCUAUAAACUACAGUCAUCUAAAUCUUCCCUCAUUCUCAUUUCUUUCACACUUCUCUCUCUCCCUUCUAAAACUUCAUCCGAUCGAAACAAUGCCGUCGGAUUCCGGUGAAUUACGUCCUACAAACCAACAAAACCCGGCGCCGGCUGGAAACGGAAACAUGGCGAUAAUUCCAUGCCCGCGUUGUGAUUCAACAAACACCAAGUUUUGUUACUACAACAACUAUAAUCUAGCUCAACCUCGUCAUUUCUGCAAAUCAUGUCGUCGUUAUUGGACUCAAGGUGGUACUCUGCGAAAUAUUCCCGUUGGUGGUGGAACCCGAAAAGGCGCCAAACGUUCUCGUACUAUCUCUUCUUCUUCUUCUUCUUCUCCAUCACCAACUUCAUCUUCUCCAGACAGCAAAGUUAUCAAUGCUAAACCUGUUUCAACUGAUAAUGAUUCCAACACUACCGUUAUUUCCGAAUCAACAACAGCUGAUACUGCUGCUGCUGCUACUACUACUACUAAAGGAUUAAUGGCACCUAUACCUCUACCUUUACCGUUACGCUGUCAUGAUUUGUUAGAUUUAAAUAACGUUAACGUUAAUGGGAGUUUUACUUCGCUGCUUAGUACUAGUAUUGGUCAUUAUCCUUCUUCUGCUUCUGCUGCUUCUCAUGGGUUUUUAGGUCUUGGUGGGUUUGGUCUAGGUUUGAGUUCUGGAUUUGAGGAAAUGACGGGUUUCGAAAUGGGUCGAAGUGUUUGGCCACUGACUGAUGUUGCUGGUGAUGUAGACCCUGACUGUGGCGAUGGUGGUGCUGCUAAUGUUACUGAUUCCGUCGAGACUUGGCAAAUUGGGAACGGUGGAGAUCAUCGUCAUCAUGGUGGGUUUGUUGAUGGACAUGGAGAUUGUUUUGCUUGGCCUGAUCUUGGAAUUUCUACUUCAACGGUGAGAAGAGAUCAGAAGGCUUGAUUAACGGCGGCGAUGGCUUUUACUUUUUACAGUGGUGGGUCUUAAUUUCUAUUUUGGUGUUGGUGUUACUCGUGAAUAUCUUUGAGUUUUACGGGUCAUUUUGUUUUAUUUUUACUUGUUAAGUGAAAAUGGAAAUAGGAUAUAUAUGUGUAGUCUUCUGCAUUUUCUAUCUUAAUUGUAGUUAUUUUGGGGUAAAAAUAGAUGAAGAAAUCGAGUCAGACGACAAUUGGGGAAGAGAAAAUAGGUGAAAAUUUGUAUCAGAUAAUGGGGGGUUUUAGUUGGUGAAAAAGAGUAGAAUUGGAUCAACCAGUCACUGGUUUUCUCUGAUGAGCAAUGAAAUUUGAUUAGUUUUUUCAGAA